AGGAGGUUAACGCUGACGGAAUACAGUUUUCUUACUACUGUUCUGCACUUGGAAAUAAAUGUUUCUCAUCACCGUUCUAUCACUCACUUUCACCACUACCGCCAUCAACAUUCACGCCGAAGAAUUCCCAGCCUACUUCAAGUUCGGCAUCGGUACAUCAGCCUACCAGAUCGAAGGUGGCUGGAAUGCCGAUGGUAAAGGCGAAUCCGUUUGGGACCGAUUGGUUCACACUGAACUCCCCGCAUUCAUCAGUGAUGGCAGCACCGGAGACAUCGCCUGUGACAGCUACCAUCAAUGGCGCAGCGAUGUCCAGAUGGUGAAGGAACUUCGACUGGACUUGUAUCGAUUUUCGAUCGCUUGGAGCAGAAUCCUCCCUUCGGGUUCGGCUCAUCAAGUGAACAAAAAGGGGAUCGAUUACUACAACAAGCUAAUCGAUGAACUUCUCUCCAAUGGAAUCACCCCCAUGAUAACGUUACUUCACAUGGAUCUACCCCAAGGCCUGCAUGAUCAAGGUGGUUGGUUGAACCCCGAAAUCGUCCAACACUUCUCCGACUACGCAAACAUUGCCUUUGCCAACUUUGGCGAUCGAGUGCAGCUAUGGACAACCAUCAACGAACCUGGCCACUACUGUAUGAGCGGCGACAAGGUGAUCACAGAUCCAUUCCAUCCAGGAAUCACCGAGUAUCACUGCGCACAUAACCUACUGAAAGCUCACGCGGAAGCCGUUCAUUUGUAUCGAUCACGCUACCAACGCCAACAGAAUGGUAGCAUCGGUAUUUCCGUGGGAGGAAUGUGGCUGGAACCGGAAACCUUCAGCUCCCUGGAUGAUUGGGAAGCCUCCGAGUGGGGCCUGCAGUUCGAAAUCGGAUGGAUCGCUCAUCCAAUCUUCUCUGGAGACUACCCGCAAGUUGUUAAGGAUCGCGUGGGUAAUUUGAGCGCAGAGCAAGGGUUUCCGAAGUCAAGACUUCCGAUGUUUACGCAGGAAGAAGUGCGACGGAUCAAGGGAACCGCAGACUUUAUCGGCUUGAACACCUACACUUCAUCGUUGGUGAGGAAGAACGGCUGGAGCAACUCAGCAAACUAUGUUGUGCCCUCCCAUGAUCAUGAUUCGGGGAUCGUCAGGACUGUUGAUCCCAGCUGGACAGCCACGGAAGCAUCGUGGAUAAACAUCGUUCCAUUCGGUAUGCGGAAACUGCUCAACUGGAUUCGAGUGGAGUAUGGUAAUCCACCGGUGUGGAUUACGGAAAACGGGGUCGCUACCCUACCGGGCACAGUGGAUGAUCAACGGGUGGACUACAUGAAUGGUUACCUCGGUGCAGUUUUCGAUGCCAUUCAAGAUGGUUGCAACAUCCGUGGAUACCUGGCGUGGAGCUUGAUGGACAACUUUGAAUGGUCGUUCGGUUAUACCUUGAAAUUCGGAUUGUACCACGUGGAUUUCAAAAGUCCCAAUCGGACUCGAUAUGCAAAGAUGUCAGCCAAAGUGUACCGGAACAUUGUAGAAACCAGACGAAUAGAUGACCGAUACCGACCUCAACCCGAUGUGGUGAUUCCAGUGCCCUCGAUGGCGACCAUUGUACUACCAAGAGUCAUGUGUGUUGGCGUCCUUUUGUGGGUUUUAAUGUGAGGAUCUAAAGCUCUUUCCAACCUUUGGCAGGAGCUUAUAUGUAAAACCUUAUUGCCAGGAUUUCGAUUCAUACUCCCACAAUAUGAGCCUGUGCAAACAAUGGUAAAGAUUGAUGAACGUUUUAGAGGUCGCGCCAAUGAUUUGAAAUUUGUAUGGAAAUUACUAUGGAAGAAUUUAAAAAUCAGUCCUUUUCCCACACUCUGGAGGGUGGACUAUCAAAAAUUCAUCUUUUUUUUCAAAAUGAAGCACCCUAAUGCGGACUUGGGCAAUGUUGUUGGAAUUGCAAAUCUCAACAAAGGUAGAUAAAUUCAAUACAAAUACAUCCUUUAGGGGUAUAAAAUCUUAUCUAUUUUAUUGUGUGUGUGUGUGUUUGUGUGUGUACAAUCUAACCCCCACUGUCCGGCAGUGUUAUUAUGGAAGAAAACUGCUUUUUAUUACCCUUAAAUUAAAGCAGGUUAAGUCCGGGAGUUAGAAGGUGUUAGCUCUAUUGCAGCUCCAGUGACCCAUUUCAGAAUGCCUGGUAAUUCACGACCACUCCGAGGUCACUUUUACUUACAAUAAGCCCCACAUGUUCACUUUACCUUUAUCAAAUGGAUAAUGGUAUCAUAAACACACUUCCAGAUUCAAAAAAUAUUAUUUCCAAAUCUGGCACGUAUAUAGUUUUCAAAUUUGUUCCACUGUAAUAAAUCGAUUUGAAUGGACAUUUCUUACCAAUUUUGUUUCGAAUACCUCUUGAUUCAUCUGCUGGCAGCACUUACUGACCCUUACCGGCGACCAACUCGUCUGCCCGCAAAAGCAACAACGCCUAAAUCUCAAAGCUCUUUGGACGUCCCCUCGAAAAUGCAAUCGAGAUAUGUAUAAGAACAAUCUUCAACUGGAACGUACUCACCAAAUCAAUACAUCCGGGAGUACAUUCACGAUGCUUAUUUUUGUCUCGCAUGCCCGUCGUCGUCGAACGGCAAAAAAAGGGAACUUGGUGAGCAAUUUUGUGAUUUUUCACUGAACGGAAUUUUCACUGAACAUAAACCGCGAAUUUACGAAUUUCACCACUCCCAACUGCGAAACACGUUCAGAAGCACUUUUGGUACACUUUCGAUAUAAAAGUUGCAAUCGAGCCAACAUCAACACCGAUUGUGCUGAACUCUUUCACGCACCUUGCA